GGAUCUUGGAACCACAUUGUCCCAUCUCUGCAUCCUGUGGAUGGCUCACUGUGGGCUCUCGGAUUUAGAUGGGAUCUCUUCCUGCAGCUCUCUAAGAGAACUUUACAUAGCCUAUAACAAUAUCUCUGAGCUGAGCCAGCUGCCCUGGCUGGAUCAACUUGAGGUUUUGGACCUGGAAGGGAACAAUAUUGAGGACAUCAACCAGAUGCAGUACCUGGGACUUUGUUGCAAGUUGAGCCACCUGACAGUGGAGGGCAACUCUAUUUGUCUGAAGCCAAAUGCAGAAUCUGCAAAGGAACCAGAUUAUAAUUACAGAGCUGAAGUAAAAAAACUCAUUCCCCACUUGGAGUAUUUGGACGAAAUACCAGCAAGCCAGACUGCUCUCCUUCCUCCCAGUAAGAUGCAUGAGGAUUGGCUAAUCAUCAAGGAAUCCAUCAAGGAAGGUGGUUUAGCUGGAGAAAUUUCAUGGUUAGGUAUGUCAGUAGCACGGCAGUCUAGAUGCAGCCCAAGACCCUUGACAACUUCCAGACCUGGCACUACGCAGUCAUCUGCUCAUGCAGGGAGAUCUGGUAGUGCCUGCCUCUCGUAUGGCGGCUGUCCUCUUCCAGAUCCCACUGUUUCUGAUGAGCUGUUCACCGGAGACGACGCCAGUGAUUUGAUACAUGGGCUCAGUCAAGUUACAUGUGGGAACCACACCAAGGCUCCUUGCGCAAGGAGGCAAAAGCUAGGUCCACCUGCAGUGAGCCCUUUGAAACUGUGUGGUCUGAGGACAGAAAACCUUUACAGCUCUGCAGGAGGAGGAAGUCUGCAACAGGAAGAUGUGUUCUCUGAACUGAGCACCAAGAGAGAACAGCAAAAGAGGCGCCUACAAAGAGGACAGCAAGAAAAAGUUACCCAACCACUGAAGAUAACUCUUAGUGAUGAGGAAGAGGGUGAAGACUGCAGCCUGGCUGACAGCUGUGAAGGUGCAUUGAGUGAGACCUCUGAUAAGGACCUCAUUGGAAGGAUUUCACUUGAUUCUUCUUGCCACUCCUGCCUCUCCCAGUCUUCCGCAGGUUCGUCACAGGCUCAGGAAGGUGCAAUGUUCUCCAACCCAAACCACUGCCUAAUUCCAUCCCCUCCAAAAACCCCUUCACCUGCAUCUGUAACAGGUGUCGCAGCAAGACCCUGGAAAAAAAGGAACCACAGGAUAAGAUGCCUAAAAAUACCCAGCCAAGAGGACAGGCAGUGGAUACAGCAAUGCCAGCCAAGGGCUCGUCAAGAAACUUCAGCCCAGCUUCUGGGCAAGAAAUUUGCUCUUCUGAGCCAGCACAGCACGCCGGCUGCCUCUGGAUCUCGAGGGCAGCACCAGCCUGCUGGGAGCGCUGGCCAGCAAAGGCCUAUUACAGUACCAACAGUUGUUGGAUCAACAAGCAUCAGGCCCAUUGUGGAUGAGAGCCCUCCUGGAGAGAUCAACCACCACCAGCCAGCUGCCUGCUCAUCCACAAAAGCCUCACAGAGGUCUGGACUGAUGAACACUGCUUGGCCCCUGACUGCCAGGGCCAUGCUGCAGCCAUUGCCACACAGACCCACUUCCUCAACGUCUCAGAAGAGAAGUCCCCAGUCCUAG